CUCAUCAAGAAAACAAAAAGAUGGUAUUUUCUCAAGGCAAAAAUAAUGAUGUUGGCGGUGGAAGGAUGAAAGUUUGUAGCUUUAGCUUCCAUUUGAUUAAAGGCCGGUGGUCCAUGUUCUUUGCUUGCCUUACGAUAAUGUCAUUCAGUGGAGCCGGUUACUUAUUUGCUUUAUAUUCGGGAGAUAUGAAAUCAUCUCUUGGAUACGACCAAACCACCCUUAAUAUUAUUGGAACUUUCAAAGAUUUGGGGGCAACGAUAGGAAUUGUGGCCGGUUUGCUGAAUGAAAUCGCGCCACCAUGGGCAGUGAUCCUUAUUGGUGCAUGCAUGAAUUUUUCUGGGUACUUCAUGAUUUGGUUAGCUGUUCUUAGAAAAAUUGCAAAGCCACCUGUCUGGAAAAUGUGUUUAUUCAUUUUCAUUGGUGCAAAUUCAAUAACAUUUUCUAAUACAGGAGCUUUGGUAAGCUGUGUCAAAAGUUUCCCAGAAAGUAGAGGGGCGGUUUUAGGACUUCUAAAGGGUUCAGUAGGGUUAAGUGGUGCAAUUAUCACUCAAUUGUAUCAUGGUUUUUAUGGGCAAGAUUCAAGAUCACUUAUCUUGUUCAUUGGAUGGCUUCCUCCAGUUGUUUUUUUAGUUUUUCUUCCCAUAGUUCGGGUAAUUAAAGUAACAUGUAAAGGGAAUGAUCUCAGAACCUUGUACAAAUUUCUGUAUAUUUCACUAGGAUUGGCAGGGUUUCUUAUGGCUAUGAUCAUAGCCCAAAAGAAGUUUCAUUUUUCAAAGGCUGAGUAUGCUGCUACUGCUUCCGUUAUCAUAAUUUUGCUCGUGGCGCCAUUUGGUAUCGCUUUUAAAGAAGAAAUUAAACUCUGGGGACUAAGAAAUCAAGAUGUGACUGAUCAUAUUUAUCCAGUGAUCAACAUAGUCAAUGAAAACACAAGUGAACUUCCGUCAGUGAUGCCACCAGUAGACGAGAUUUCUUGUUGGAGAACGGUUUUUAAUCCACCAGAAAGAGGGGAGGACUUCACUAUAUUACAAGCAAUAUUUAGUAUAGAUAUGGUAUUACUAUUUAUCACCACCAUUUUCGGCAUUGGUGGUGUGCUGACAGGGAUUGAUAAUCUUGGUCAAAUAGGGCAGUCUCUUGGAUACCCAAAGGCCAGUAUCUCCAACUUUGUGUCUUUAUUAAGUAUUUGGAACUAUUUGGGCCGGGUCGGAUGUGGUUUUAUUUCAGAAAUCUUGUUGGUCAAGUACAAAUUACCGCGUCCAUUGAUGCUAACAAUGGUACUCUGCACUGCUAGUGCGGGUCAUCUUUUAAUUGCCUUUGGUGUAACAAAUGGUCUCUAUAUUUCAUCCAUCAUAAUGGGCUUUUGUAAUGGAGCUCAAUGGCCACUUAUAUUUGCAAUCAUUUCAGAAAUAUGCGGGUUAAAGUAUUAUGCAACUUUGUUAAAUUUGGGGGCUGCAGCUAUUCCAAUCGGGUCAUACAUUCUCAAUGUGGUGGUGGCAGGCCGACUAUAUGACCAAGAAGCCGAAAGACAGUUGAGAGCAAAGGGAAUGGUUAGAAAAGUGGGACAAAGUCUUACUUGUAUAGGAGUCAACUGUUACAAAAUGGCUUUCCUUAUUAUAACGGCCACAACAGUGUUUGCGUGUUUUAUCUCGAUCAUUUUAGUGAUCCGAACAAGAGAAUUUUACCGCAGUGAUAUCUACAAGAAGUUUAAGGAUGUAGAAAAGGAUUCAACAACCUCUAAGGCCGAGAUUAAUUAAGGAAGAUGGGGGAAAAAGUAGAUCUAUGAGAGUGUAUGUAAUAAUGUAUGUAUUAAUUUACUUGGGUAUAAUAAAUAAAUAAACAAGGAGAAAGAGGAAAGAGAUACAAUGUUGUUGUUUAUUAGUAUGUUUGGUGGUGUAUGGCUAAAAAAAUGUAUGAUAUCGAUAAACCUGUUUAUAUA